GCGUUAAGAGCUAGAUUAGUUAAUGGAGGUGGUCAAAUGGCGCGUGGCGCUGUUCUCAAGACGUAUUCGCAAGAUAUUCGCAAGAAAUUGGAUGAAAAUCCAAGUGAGGAAAGCUCAAAGACCUUACGGAUAAAUUCCAACCUUUGUCGAAAGGGCAAAUAUACAAAAUGA